CCGAACGUGAAUCUAUUUUUCUUUGCACUGUUUUCCCUCUACCCUCUUUAAACCCUAGCUCUUUUGCCCCCUUUUUGUUGCUCUUCAAUUUCUUCUGCUUGAUCGAAGAUGAGUCGACCAAUGGAAGAAGAUGCCCCUCAAGGGAAAAAUGAGGAAGAGGAGUUCAAUACUGGCCCACUUUCUGUCCUGAUGAUGAGUGUUAAGAAUAACACACAGGUGCUCAUCAAUUGUAGGAACAACAGGAAACUUCUUGGUCGUGUGAGAGCAUUUGAUCGUCACUGCAAUAUGGUCCUUGAAAAUGUUAGAGAAAUGUGGACUGAGGUGCCCAAGACUGGAAAAGGAAAAAAGAAAGCUGUUGCUGUUAACAAAGAUAGGUUUAUCAGCAAGAUGUUCCUUCGGGGAGAUUCUGUCAUCAUUGUCCUCCGAAAUCCGAAGUAGAGGUGAGUUGGAUUUCUGUGCUUUGGAGCAAAACUUGUGAGCAGCUAGGAUUUCGACCAGCUUUGUAUAACCUUUGAUUGCUGUAGGGUGCUGUAAGACUUGAUAUAGGAUUUUGAUGUUCUGCUACAUACUGUUAUCUUCUUCACAAACUUCUUGUAAACGUUGGAGCUUAAAGUGCUUUUCGUGUAUGUUGAAUCCUAUGACCAGCUAAUAUGUACGGUAACUGUCUUGCAUAACUCCAGAUACAUUGUCCAUUGUGAAGAGCAUUGUGCUUGUCUAUUUAA